AUGGCUGAGAAAGCAACCGAAGGAGCAGAGGAGCUCCCCGGCUCUUCUCCUGAUGAAAACGAGUUUCCUUUCGGCUACCCCACCAGCAUUUGUGAAGACGUGCCCGACCAGAAGUACCUGUGCAGCAACUGCAAUAACAUUCUGAAGAAAGCCCUGCAGACGCUGUGCGGGCAUCGCUACUGCUCCGCGUGCCUGGCCUGGAUCGUGCGAAACAAUAAAAAUCCAAUCUGUCAGAAAUGUAAAGAGGAGGAUCCCAGCACAUUAAGUGAAGGAAGCCUAUUGGCAGAAGAAAGGGCUUUCGGCGAUGCUGCCAUUAAUAAAGAGAUCUCUGAACUCAAAGUACAUUGCGUGACCCUGGGAUGCAGUUGGACUGGUAUCAUGAAGAAUUUUGAAGAGCAUCAGAGCCUAUGCGAAUAUGCUUUAAUCCCCUGCCACACUGGCUGUGGACACAUGGUGAUGAGGAAGAAACUUGCAGAUCAUUUGGAAAAUAGCUGUGUUAAUAAUGUGACAAUGUGUCCGAAGUGCAAGCGGAGUUUAUCCAGUAGCGAGUAUCAAAAACAUUCAUGUGAAGGCAGUUUAUAUAAGGAAGACAAACGCAUGCCAGCAGAAACGCUGUCAAAGGAAAAGAACCACUCUACACCAUUAAUCAACAAGGAUGGAUGUCGGUUUUCAGAAGUUGGCUGCUCGUUUAGAGGAAGCAAAGAGAAGUUGAAGGAGCAUGAAAAAAAUGCAGUUGGAACCCACAUGCUGCUUCUGCUGCAGCUCAUAAAGGAGCUGAAGGCAACGUUGUGCCCAGCUGCCAGGGCUGCAGGCAGCCUCGUCCCGCAGCCUGCGCUGAGCAUGAACGGGGCAGAAAAGAGCAUCUCUGACCUGCACGUGCCAGCAGGCCUGGAAGUCAACGGGGACCUGGAAGUAGACUGUUUUCCUGUAUCUUUUGUUUCUGAAGAUGAUUCAAUUCUGCAACAAAUCGUGAGGGAGAAAGUGAUUUCUGAGCUAGAAAACAAGCUGCAUGUGUUUGAGAACAUCGUGGCAGUCCUCAAUAAGGAGGUGGAGACCUCCAACUUGGAAAUCAUGGCCUUUCGGAGACAGAGUGAGCUCGAUCAAAAUAUAAUCCGAGGCCUUGAGCUGAAGAUUGCAGAGCUGCACCGGUGCCUGACGCAGAAGGACGCGGGUCUGAGCAGUCUGCACAAGAGCCUCCUCUUCUCGGAGCAAGCUUCCUACGACGGCGUCUUUCUGUGGAAAAUCACGGACGUUGGCAGGAAGUUACAGGACUCGGUGACGGGAAGAACAGUCAGUUUGUAUUCACCAGCUUUCUACACCGCAAAGUACGGCUACAAAGUCUGCCUGAGGAUUUAUCUGAAUGGGGACGGGACAGGGAAGGGGACCCACGUGUCUCUGUUCUUCGUUGUCAUGAAAGGGGACUAUGAUGCUCUGCUUCCCUGGCCGUUCAGACACAAGGUUACGUUCAUGCUGCUUGACCAGAACAACAGAGAACACAUCAUUGAUGCCUUCCGCCCAGACUUGACGUCUGCUUCAUUUCAGAGACCGGUGAGCGACAUGAACGUUGCAAGUGGUUGUCCCAUGUUCCUCCCUCUGUCCAAAUUACAGUCACCUAAAUACGCCUAUGUGAAAGAAGACACACUUUUCCUUAAAUGCAUUAUAGAAACAAAUUAGUAAAUCCUGA